AAUCAGCAUCACUGUAGAGAACAUAGUCAUAUUUGUUGACGUUGGUAUCACUGUGUGCGUCCCACGCUUCCAGAUAUCAUCAAAAACACAGUAAAAACAAAUUUGUUUUGAGGACUGUUGUUCUUCGUCAAUUUUUGAACAAGACACAAAAAUGUCGUACAAAGGACCACAAAAGGUACAGAAGGUGAUGGUUCAGCCCAUCAACCUAAUAUUUCGAUAUCUGCAAAAUCGCUCGCGCGUACAAGUCUGGCUGUUCGAGAACGUAAACUUGCGUAUCGAGGGUCACAUCGUCGGCUUUGAUGAAUAUAUGAACCUGGUGCUGGACGACGCCGAGGAAUACCACAUGAAGACGAAGAACAGGAAGCCGCUCGGACGAAUCAUGUUGAAGGGUGACAAUAUCACGUUGAUACAGAACACCAAUCCCGGAGGAAACUAACGGCGCGGGACGAACAUAACCUCAACCCGGCGCCAAGCUUGGUUUCUUCUGAAUCAUCACACAUCUUGAUAUCUUUGGACUAUAUACAAAAAAGACUCCGGACAAAUGCGUAUUGACUCUAUAGAGAUUAAAACUGUAUUGCGUGAUUGGAUACUAGAUAUAUGUAUGAGAAUGUUACUUUGAAUGUCAUAUUUUGCACCAUGAUAAAGUUUGUAUGUAAAAGCUCAGUCUGAACAUGUAUUAUGUGUGAAGCUAUGAAAGAUAAAAGAAAUGUGUACAAAGAAUGAGUAAAUAGUUUUUGUUACAUACAAUUA